GUUAGGAAGCUGCUAUAUACACAAGCAGCUUUUUAACUUGAAUCUUUUCUUUUUGUACAGAUAUAUAAGAUAUUGAAAAAGAAACUAAAAUAUUUUCUGGAUACCAGACAGCAGCAACACGAUACAUCUGUAGAGGACACUGGUGCAACUGUUAUGGAAAACGAUAAUUCCUCUCAUGGGAGCUCCUCGGUGCAGGACGAGCAUUUUAGAUAUAAAAAAAAGAGUCGCUCAAUAAAUGGAUUCCUAACAAGAUAUUUUCUAAACCCAUGGACUCUUCUUGAUGGUGAAAGACUAAAGAGAGUGGCAUUUGGAGAUAAAGAUGAGAGCAAACCUCAUAAAACCAUAAUAAUGUUGGGAGAAACAGGAGUGGGGAAGUCGACUAUCAUCAAUGCCUUGUUGAACUACAUGCUGGGUGUUGAAAGUGAAGAUCGAAUCUGGUUUGAAAUCAUUGAGACAGAGGAAAAACAAGCUGAUUCACAGACAGUUAAGGUAACAGCGUAUGACAUCUUUACUGAGAGCAGCUCAUUCUCUCUGACCAUCAUUGACACUCCUGGAUUUGACAAAACAGAAGGCAAAAAGGAGGAUUUAAAAAUUGCUGAAGGAUUACUUGAGUUAUUUGGAUGUAAUGAUUGGCAUCGCGAAAUUGAUGCAGUGUGCCUUGUGAUGUCAUCGAGCACUGUUCGACUCACUGAAAGACAACGCUGCAUUUUUAAUUCAAUUCUCUCACUAUUUAGCAAUGAUGUGAAGAAUAACUUUGUUGUGUUUAUCACACAUGCACCAACAGCAUCUCCAAACUCCAUUAAAGCCAUUAAAGAUGCCAAAAUCCCAUGUGCUCAGACUGAUAAUAAGGAGCCUGUACAUUUCAGAUUCGACAACUGUCACUGUGAAAACUUUUAUGUCAAAUGCAACAGUGAAGAGCAAAUGGAACAACUAUUCCAAGGUUACCAGGCAGCAUGGGACCUGUUUAAAACAAGCAUAGAGGACUUCUGGCAUUUUGUGAAAGGGAGCAAACCAGUAAGUAUACAGAAUACUCAAAGUGUGCUGAUAUAUCGCAAGCAACUAUUAGAAAACAUCACCAGCAUAAGGAAAGAAGUCCAUGCAGUACAGCACAAGGAAAUGCUUGAUCAGGCCAUUGAAGCUCUGCAGCACCAUAAAGAGAAAGAGAAAAAUAUUACGUUUACUUAUGAAGUUGAUGAGGAGUACACAGAAAAGGUGCCAAUUGACCCAUCAUCAAGAUCCAGCAAAGAGGCUACUUGCUGCAGUGUGUGUAAGUUUAAUUGUCAUUAUCCAGGAUGCUGGUGGGUCAGAAAUCUUUCAUGGUGUACUGUCAUGUCAAAUAAUAAAUGCACAGUGUGUCCUGGAAAGUGUGACUAUACUAAACAUGUUAAAGAGGGGAAGAUCUAUGUGAGGAAAACAAGGAAGGUCAAGAAGACUAAUGAAGAGCAAAAAAAGGACUAUGUGUCAGAGACUGAAGAGCAUGAAAGACGUAUAAACCAACUACAAGAAGAAAUAUCUACACAAGAAAAAAAAAUAACCACACAGGUGAAUAAAUGUCUUAUGUGUUUGAACUUCCUGCAGAAGAUCGCCUUAAACACUGAUGCUCUGUGUACAGUUCAGGAUCUGGACGGCCUGAUUGAAGAAGCAAAAAAAAAGAAACAUAAUAAAAUAAUAGAGGCACUUGAACAACUGAAGAAGCCCACACAAUAAAUAUUCCACGCAGGAAUGUUCCAAAACUGCUGUAAAUAAAAAGACAGAACAGAAAACAUUUAAACAUUUAAAAAUAGUAAAGAUACAAUUUGAAUGGUACUGUUUGUUUUUAUUUUAAGUAGACACUGACUCAGUAAUACCAGAUGAGGGUCACCAGAUUAACAAUGUAUGUACAGUUUUGAUUCUGAAGCCUUAUUUCUUUCUUUACUUUAUUAUUUUUGUUUAAUCUUAUUUCAUUUUAAUGUUUUAAACAGUUUGCUAUUGCUUGACUUGUUUGGAAUCAGUGAUAAAUAAUGUUUGCUGUUUACUGUUAAUUAUUGUGUUUUUGUUAUUCAUAAUGAAAAAAAAUGUAUUAUACCCUUUUUCCAGUGUUUUUUAUUUUGCUAAAAAUUAUUUUUGCACUGAUUGUACUCCAAGUCCUUGACCUACUGAAUCAAUAUCAGUAAGUGUGUAGUGUAAAUGUAAAUGUUUUGUUGAAAUAAGGAAACAAAUCUACACUGAGUAUUUGAUAUAUCUUGUAUACCUUUCAGGCCACAACUUGCACUGUUAAACAUUAUUUUCUAACUUACCUUUCAGUUUACUAAUCAAUAAACGCAUUUGCUUGUAAUGCAAUAAAUGUAAGCAGUUAGUUUUAUUGCUAAAAAGUGAGAAUGUGGUGUUUCUCAUGUUUCAGAAACAAAUUAUAGAGGUAGCAUCACUGCCUUGCAGCUCCACGGUUCUUGAUUUGAUCUUG